AUGGAGGAGGCAAUUUAGUGGCACCUACACAAGGUACGUACCAUUUCGGCCGUGGAUCGUCAUAGCUCCAACCGCAUUUUGCAUCUUAGGCCCGGCACCUACCCGCCUUGCGCUUGCAGUUUAUCAAUUCAGCUGUACCACCAACGAACAUUGAAACGGCACCAACUCUAAAUAACCUUAUUUAUUUAUUGUCAUCAGAGCUUAUUUCAACCUUUGAACACUGGUUUUGGUGCUAAUCGAGACACCAUGAAUUGUCAACGGCCAUUCUGGCGGGCAGCACUGCGAACGAUACCGACGACGACGAGACCCGCCACCCGCCGUUUCUCCCAAUUCCCAACUGGACCCAUCCAAGCUCCCCAAGGGACUAUUCCUUUACCAUAUAUCACAGAAGUUACAUCCGGUGGUUGGAGGACAUACGAUAUAUUCUCCAAGUUGCUACAAGAACGAAUAAUAUGUCUAAACGGACCUAUAGACGACACGGUGUCUGCCUCGAUCGUUGCGCAGCUACUCUGGCUAGAAUCCGACAAUCCGGAUAAACCGAUAACCAUGUAUAUCCAUUCGCCUGGCGGCUCCGUGACCGCUGGGCUUUCUAUCUACGAUACGAUGUCCUAUAUUCGCUCUCCGGUGUCAACGGUGUGCUUGGGCCAGGCAGCCUCGAUGGGUUCACUAUUGCUCACAGGGGGUGAAAAGGGGAAACGAUUUGCCCUACCACAUAGCAGCAUCAUGAUUCACCAGCCCCUAGGUGGGACGCAGGGCCCAGCGAGCGACAUCUUGAUUUAUGCAAACCAGAUACAGCGCACACGCGACCAGGUUAACGAGAUCUACCGGAAACAUCUCAAUGCGGCAUUUGACCACGAGAAGUAUAACCUUAAAGAUGUCGAAGAUAUGAUGGAGCGCGACAAGUACUUGACUGCGCAGGAAGCGAAAGAUAUGGGCAUAGUAGACGAGAUCCUCACUAAGAGAGACGACAAGAAGCAGCCUACCAACAAAGAAGCCGGCACCAGCACAUAAAGCCAACCAAUUGACUAGAAAAGCUAUCAUUUCUAAUCAAUUGAUUUAACAAAUCAUUAUCGUUGCGAUUACGAGUCGAGUCCAAAUUCGGUUUCGUGUCAAGGCAAGGAAAGCCCUAGCUCGGCUCCUACUGU